AAGCUAAGGCCUCUCCUUUUUAAGUUGCCGGGCUCUUGUCAUGCACGUCCACAUCCCUCCUCCGGGAACCCAUUCUCCUCCGAUCUCCACACACUCAUGGACGGAGCUCCCCCAUUUAUAUCCACCACUCCUCACCGAUCGGAUCACGAGCGACCCUCGAUCGGGGGAGAUAGAUGAACGCCGCAAACCAAAAACAACUCGAUCCGUAGCUGCGCACACUAGUGAUCGUCGUUCCCUUCAUCCCUUGUGUGUUUGAUCAGGGAGCAAUAAUGCCUUGCUUGGCGCAAGAGUUCCAGCCCAAGCCGCCCGCCGCCAGCCACUACUGCAAGUCCCUGUCGUCGCUCAUCCGGGAGACUUACGCGCACUGCCAUGUCCCCUGCGUCAGGGUCCCCGCCGGCGCCGCCGGGUGGAGCUCCGGCGAGGACAGCGACGACGACAGCGCCCUCGACGAAGCGCUCGACACCAAGCAGGUGGUCCUCACCGAGAUGAGGAACCGGCAGAUGAAGAAGCGGUCGAGGUGCAGCCUGGACUCGCCGACGCUGCCGCUGUCGAGCGCCGCCUUCGCCUGGUCCUACACACCGCUCGAUCCGAGGACCGUCCUCGAGAAGGUGUCGAGCCCCAAGACGUGCGUCGUGGUCGAGGGGCCUGAGGAGAAGGCGAAGGAGAAGGAGAAGGAGGAGGUGGCGGAGGAGGAGGAGGCCGACGACGACGGCGACUACUGCGACGCGGACGACGAGAGCGAGGCCUUCUUCUCGGUGAAGAGCUUCUUCACGCGCAGCACGAGCCGGGCGGCGACCGUGGCGUCGUCGUCGGCUGGAGUGAUGGUGAUGAUGGACCCGCCGCCGCCGAUGCUGCGGUCGCCCGAGGCGUGGGAGCGCUUCCGGGACUGCGAGGGGUGGCCGUUCGGGCUGUGCCGCCGGCCCGCCGUCCUCCCGCUGCCGCCGCUGCCCAGCACGCCGGCCGACUCGUGGAAGUGGCGCAAGAGCGUCAGCAGCCUCGCCGCGAGCCCAGCUCGUGCGUAUCACGCCCACAAGCUUACCAGUAAAUAACCGCAUCGCCAUUGAUUAGCCAAAGAAGUGAAGGACCUCGAGCCGUCCGUGUUAGCAACGCCUGCUGAGACGAGACGACGACGUUUAGAAGAUUUCAGCUAGUUUGACUGUGUGCUUGAUGAAUGCUGUCUUGUUCAUCCGGCCUCCUCUAGAAUGCGAGAAUUUCGUAGGAAUUCUACAGGGCAACGAGACAUCCGCUCCGACGAAAUGUGAGGUUUCCUAAGAAAUUCCUACGAAAAUGUCGCAUGUUUGAGAAGGCCUUGAUCUUUGUGAUGAUUUCCAGGUGUACGAGUUCAGAACAAUAAACUCAGGUGUACUUUCAGGUCUUGCAAGUCUGACUGCUCUGUAGUUUAAUUUUGGUCUCUGAUCAGAGCCGUCACUUACUAGACUUCAUCUAAAGUUCCAAGAAAUGGCAUUUCUUGUUCCAAUUCA